GCGCUGGCUCGGGAGGGGGGCGGCUGCGGGUGGAGGUGCGCUUCUGCCAAGCCCGAAAGUCAUUUCCAAUCUCAAGUGGACUUUGUUCCAACUAUUGGGGGCGUCGCUCCCCCUCUUCAUGGUCGCGGGCAAACUUCCUCCUCGGCGCCGCUUCUAAUGGAGCCCCACCUGCUCGGGCUGCUCCUCGGCCUCCUCCUCGGUGGCACCAGGGUCCUCGCCGGCUACCCAAUUUGGUGGUCCUUGGCCCUGGGCCAGCAGUACACAUCUCUGGGCUCACAGCCCCUGCUCUGCGGCUCCAUCCCAGGCCUGGUCCCCAAGCAACUGCGCUUCUGCCGCAAUUACAUCGAGAUCAUGCCCAGCGUGGCCGAGGGUGUGAAGCUGGGCAUCCAGGAGUGCCAGCACCAGUUCCGGGGCCGCCGCUGGAACUGCACCACCAUAGAUGACAGCCUGGCUAUCUUCGGGCCUGUCCUUGACAAAGCCACCCGAGAGUCGGCCUUCGUGCAUGCCAUCGCCUCAGCCGGUGUGGCCUUCGCUGUCACGCGCUCCUGCGCCGAGGGCACUUCCACCAUCUGCGGCUGCGACUCCCAUCAUAAGGGGCCUCCCGGUGAAGGCUGGAAGUGGGGCGGCUGCAGCGAGGAUGCCGACUUCGGGGUGCUCGUGUCCCGGGAGUUUGCUGAUGCACGUGAGAAUAGGCCAGAUGCACGCUCGGCCAUGAACAAGCACAACAAUGAGGCCGGACGCACGACCAUCCUGGACCACAUGCACCUCAAGUGCAAAUGCCAUGGGCUGUCGGGCAGCUGUGAAGUGAAGACCUGCUGGUGGGCCCAGCCUGACUUCCGUGCCAUCGGUGACUUCCUCAAGGACAAGUAUGACAGUGCCUCGGAGAUGGUGGUGGAGAAGCACCGUGAAUCCCGAGGCUGGGUGGAGACCCUCCGGGCCAAGUAUGCGCUCUUUAAGCCACCCACUGAGAGGGACCUGGUCUACUAUGAGAAUUCCCCCAACUUUUGUGAGCCCAACCCUGAGACGGGCUCCUUUGGCACAAGGGACCGGACUUGCAAUGUCACCUCCCAUGGCAUUGAUGGCUGUGAUCUGCUGUGCUGUGGUCGCGGCCACAACACGAGGACGGAGAAGCGGAAGGAGAAAUGCCACUGCAUCUUCCACUGGUGUUGCUACGUCAGCUGCCAGGAGUGCAUUCGCAUCUACGAUGUGCACACCUGCAAGUAGGGAGCCAGGGCGCUGGGAAGGGGUGAAGUGUGUGGCUGGGCAGAUUCAGUCCCAUGGAAAGCAGGACCUGGAGCCGGGCUCAGCCCUCAGCGUCAGACAGCAAGGAAUAUGGACUGUCACCAGCUGCGUGUGGUAAAUGACCCGGACCCAGCCCGCCCGUGACGGGGAGCCUCUCCUCCCCUUCUCUCAUCUUAACGUUUCUCACCCUACUCUGGCUGGUGUGUGGUUUUUAAAGAACGGGGCUUUCUUUUUAGUUCUCUAAGGUCUGAUAGGAACAGACCUGAGGCUUAUCUUUGCACAUGUUAAAGAAAAUAAAAAUGACAAAAAAAAUUCUGCUCCAACAGAACAGGCUGGGCUGAUGUGAGCUCUUGGCCUGGCGGUAAAGACGUCAGCACGGGCAAGACUUCGUUCCCAAACUGCUUCUUAUGGUGACAUUCCAGGAUGCUUGUGAGGUGGGAGUUAGGAAGUAGGACGCACCCCUGCCGUCUCCUUUUCUCCAUCUACUCCCGUUCGAACCCGAUAUACUUUUCACAUUCUGAUAAAAGCCAUAGGUUUAGCUAGGAUGAAGUGGUAGGGAGGUCCACGGCAGUUGUUAGAGUAGGAUUUUGAGUUUUGAAGAACUGGCAGCUCAGGGUGGCCUGGUAAAGCCGUUUGAAGAGCAGCUGUGUGUUCUUCUCAGUCUCAUUUUCUCUAUAACCCUGUUCUGCACGAGAGGCAGUCUGAUCUCAAACUCUUUUUCUACCAUUCUGCAGUUUCCACCGCUAAUGCAGUUCCUUUUUAUUUUUU